CUCUACUCCUGCUCACAUUUUCUCUCUCUCAUUGCCGCAUCUAACUUGCUCCAGUAGGGCAGUCUCAGUCUUUCGCUGCUCAUCAAUGCUUCUAAGAAAACACUAGCAACUCUUCUGGACCAGUAGCUGGCCAUGGAGGUUGGACUCUGAGAGAGUGACGCCAGUGAACUGCUGUCUCUUCUGCAUCUUCUUCAUCAACAAUGCUCCAACUAAACUGCAUUGUGUUAUUCUGCAUUCUGGUGUCAUUUUCGCCACUCGGCCGAGCAAUGCUGAACCUCACUCUUCCUGGCCAGCAUCCGGACCCAGAUUCUGUCGUUCGAGAAUUUCACAGGAAAGUGAAUGCUUCAAUAACGAGAAGGCAGAUGCUAGCAGAUUCGCAGAUACAAGACUCAUCGUGUUUAACAGGGAACCCAAUUGACGAUUGCUGGAAAUGCGACCCAGAUUGGCCCAACAACAGGCAGAGGUUAGCUGACUGCGCGAUUGGGUUCGGGCAGUACGCCAAGGGAGGUCAGGGCGGCGAGUUCUAUAUCGUCACUGACUCCUCUGACGACGACGCCGUCAACCCCAGACCUGGUACACUCAGAUACGGCGUGAUUCAGACGCAGCCACUGUGGAUAGUGUUCCCCAGUAAUAUGAUGAUUAAAUUGUCUCAGGAGCUCAUCUUCAACAGCUUCAAAACUAUCGAUGGCCGUGGUGCUGACGUUCACAUUGUGGGCGGUGGCUGCAUCACUCUCCAGUAUAUAAGCAAUGUCAUCAUUCACAACGUUCACAUCCACCAUUGUCGCCCCUCAGGGGAGGCUAACGUGCGAUCCAGCCCAGAUCACUAUGGGUGGCGAACAGAGUCGGACGGCGACGGGAUAUCGAUAUUCGGGUCGAAAGACAUAUGGAUCGACCACUGCACUCUGUCUCGGUGCAAGGACGGGUUGAUCGACGCCGUCAUGGGUUCGACGGGCAUCACCAUAUCCAACAACUACUUCUCUCAUCACAACGAGGUGAUGCUUCUCGGCCACAGCGACGACUACCAGCCCGACUCCGGGAUGCAGGUCACCAUCGCCUUCAACCACUUCGGCGAGCAGCUGGUCCAGAGAAUGCCUCGCUGCCGGAAGGGAUACAUCCACGUCGUCAACAACGACUACACUCACUGGGAGAUGUACGCAAUCGGAGGCAGCGGUAACCCCACGAUCAACAGCCAGGGGAAUCGGUACACAGCGCCAACGAAUCCGUUCGCGAAGGAGGUGACCAAGAGAGUGGACACGGAGGAAGGGAAGUGGAAGGGGUGGAACUGGAGAUCGGAAGGGGACAUAAUGGUGAAUGGAGCAUUCUUCGUGGCUUCCGGCGAAGGGGUGGAGGUCAAGUACGAGAAGGCCUACAGUGUAGAGCCUAGGUCCGCCGAUCACAUUGAUUUCCUCAUAAUGCACGCCGGCGUGCUCGGCGUUUCCAGGGAUAACAAUCUGGGGAUGUGGAGCAGGGGGCCGAACGGAGAGGGCGAUGAGAUAACAGAGUCAGGACCCGAAUACACUGACGAUAUGGCGGGGACGGCGAAGCUGACGGCGGAGGCGUAUUGGGUGGGUGUGAUAUGGUGUUUGAUAGCACUCUUGUGGGGGUGGUUAUGCGAAUUGUGAUAUUAAAGGGGGCCUUUUGAGUAGCAUUUUCUUAACAUUAGGAAGAGUGAAAGCAUUCAACUGUGAUGCUUCCUUCUUCUUCUUCUAUCAAUUGGAAUGAAAUUGAAAGACGCCUGCUCCUCUCUAACACUUCCCCGAUUUGGCAUCAUUAAGGC